AUGGCCUAUCUUGGAACGCUACCUUCCGGAGAACUGGUGCCUGUCCUCAGCUCUGCUGUGUCUGCCCCCCUGAUCAGACUGAUUUCAUUGCUGGUCAGGCUUUCGACAUCGGCUUACAACAAUGGUCUCCCUGCUACCGAUUUCACCCUCAAGAUCGGUGGCAGAGGCGCUGAGCUGAUCGACGUCUCCCAGUUCUUUGGCAUUGCGGAUCCAGAAGUCGAAAAACACAACUUCACUUAUUACGAAGACCUGUUUGCCGAGGAAGAGGAAGCCGUCACGCCCGCCAAUGUUCUAUUGAAAUCCUACCGGAACAUCCAGCUUCACAACCCCGGGCAGUAUGAUGUCGAGAUUUGCUACAACAAUGGUAUGAUUACCAAAGCCUCCUGGGAAGUGCUUCCUCUUGCUCAGGAGAAGAAGGCCAAGAACGUCAUCUUCUUUGUUGGUGAUGGUAUGGCCGGAUCCAUGUUGUCCGCCGCGAGGCUUUUGGGACAUAAGACGAUCAACGGCAAAUAUCAGACCAAGCUCAAGCUGGAUGAGGCUCGAGUCUUUCUCUAG